CAUCUUCAAAAGAAUAGAACAUGUCGAAUAUCUCGGGUCAUAAAAUAUCCAAAUCCGAACAAACAAUCCGAAGGACAAACGCUCAUCGGGGUAUCGGCGCAAGCUGUCAAGCGCCAUCGGAAUUGAACUCUUCAACUCUCAAUCUCAAUCCCAAUUUCAAGCUCCCACCUCAUUUACUUACUGUAAAACGGAAGAUCUACAAAUCUUUCGACUGUUUCAAGUUCAAUCUGAUCAUACAGAGCAUGCUCAUAACUGGCAUUGACGAUCUACUAAACCGGCCUGCUUGAUCGCAAUCUUAGGGGCGAUACACCGACUGCCGACCAAAGUUAUACGUGUUCGCAGCUCAAUAUUUAGUUACAAGGAGUAGCGUUGAGGUUUUUGGAAAAUGCAGCACAUUCCAGCAACUCUCGAGGAACAGUUGUUAUUGAAAGCAAUCAAGGAAGAAUGUGCUUGGGAGAGUCUCCCGAAGCGGCUGCAAGCAACAUUGUCGUCCAAAGAAGAGUGGCAUAGAAGGAUUAUUGACCACUGUAUAAAGAAGAGACUCCAAUGGAACACUAGUUUUGCUCGCAAAGUAUGCAAAGAAAGUGAAUAUUAUGAAGAUAUGAUGCGGUAUCUGCGAAGGAACCUAGCGCUAUUUCCUUAUCACCUUGCGGAGUAUGUUUGCCGUGUAAUGAGAAUAUCGCCAUUUAGAUAUUACUGCGAUAUGAUAUUUGAGGUCAUGAAAAAUGAGAAUCCUUAUGAUAGCAUCCCAAAUUUUAGUGCGGCUGAUGCAUUGCGGUUGACAGGAAUUGGCAGAAAUGAAUUUAUUGAUAUCAUGAAUAAAUGUAGAUCCAAGAAAAUUAUGUGGAAGUUAAACAAGUCAAUUGCAAGAGAACUUUUACCGAACCAACCUAUUGAUUUUGUUAUCGAACCAUGGUGGGGAGUUUGUCUUGUAAACUUCACGCUGGAAGAAUUUAAGAAACUCUCAGAAGAAGAAAUGGCAACAAUUGACAAAGUUUGUAAGGAGGAGGCUAAUUCAUUUAUUCUCUUCGACCCAGACAUUGUAAAAGGUCUCUUCAGAAGGGGACUGAUCUACUUUGAUGUUCCUGUUUAUCCAGAUGACCGUUUUAAGGUUUCAAGGCUUGAAGGGUUUGUUUCCAACCGAGAACAGUCCUACGAAGACCCGAUUGAGGAGUUAUUGUAUGCAGUUUUUGUUGUUUCAAGUGAAAAUGCAACUGUGGCUGAACUGGCAGCGACAUUACAGGCUGACUUAUUGCAGCUCCAGGCUGCUGCAUCUUUUGCUUGUAGAUUGGGAUGGGCAGUAAAAGUAAUUGAUCCAGCAUCCGUUCUUCAAGAUACUAGCAUACCUAAUUCUCCCAGGACAAUUUUUGGUGAUGAGGAUGCCUCUCUAGCUGCUUCAGGUUCAUCAAACAUGUUUUCUGAUGGUGAUGGUUCUCAACAAGGGUAUUCUGGGACAGAUGGUUUGGGACCAGAUUCUGCUCAUCGUGUUGCUUUUGUUGUAGAUGCUAAUAUAACAUCAUAUCUCAUGAUGGGGUCAGUUUCACCAGGACUGAAAUCCCAUGCUGUAACCUUGUAUGAAGCGGGAAAACUAGGCCAUGCUUGCAUCGCAGAUCUUUGCAAAGAUCUAACUACCUUAGAAGGAGCAAAAUUUGAGGGUGAACUGCAGGAAUUUGCAAACCAUGCAUUUAGCCUACGUUGUGUUUUGGAAUGUUUAUUGGUAGGUGGAGUUGCCAUUAAUGUGAAAGGAGAGGAGGGAACCUGUGAAAAACAAGAUGGAGAAGCUGCUGACAACAAUGAAUCUUCAUCUUUGAUAACAGACACUGCUUCAAUUGAAAAGUUAGAAUCCUUGACUGCGGAUGAUCAGAAAUGUGCUGAUGAUUCUAGCAGUUCUGCGGUGCUUCUUGAGGGUUCUGCCUUAUCUGAAUCUCUUGAAAACAAUACUGGGGCUGAUAUGAAUUCUGCUACCUCUUUAGAUAGUGGGAUAUCCUCUAGUCAAGCAUCUGACCCAGUUCCUCAUCUCCGAAUUGAUAACAAAUCAAUGCAGAUUGAUGAGCUAGAUAUUGGAGGAGAGUCAUUCAAGAGAAUAAAGAAAUAUCAAGUUGAUAUUCUUCGCUGUGAAAGCCUGGCUUCUCUUGCUCCUUCAACGUUAAAUCGGCUGUUUCUUCGCGACUAUGAUGUUGUUGUUUCUAUGAUUCCUCUUCCUCCUUCAUCAGUUCUUCCUGGACCAACAGGUCCUAUCCAUUUUGGUCCUCCAUCUUAUUCAUCUAUGACACCUUGGAUGAAAUUGGUUUUAUAUUCAACUGUAUCCAGUGGGCCACUGUCAGUUAUACUAAUGAAAGGCCAAUGUUUGCGCAUGCUUCCUGCACCAUUGGCUGGAUGUGAGAAAGCUCUAAUAUGGUCUUGGGAUGGUUCAAAUAUUGGUGGCCUGGGAGGAAAAUUUGAAGGAAAUUUUGUGAAAGGAAGUGUACUUUUACAUUGUUUAAACGCACUUCUCAAACAUUCAGCUGUAUUGGUGCAGCCCCUUAGUAAAUAUGAUCUUAAUAAAACUGGGAGAGCUAUUACCGUCGAUGUUCCUUUACCCUUAAAAAAUUCUGAUGGCUCAAUUGCUCAAGUAGGUAAUGAUCUGGGUCUAUCUGAAGAAGAGAUUUCCGACUUGAACUCCUUAUUAAUUGUUUUAGCAAACAAGAUAGAACUGUGGACGGUUGGUUAUAUUCGGCUGUUGAAACUCUACAAAGAAAGGGAGUUGGAGAACUUUUCUUCGGAUGAAAAGACCUAUGAAUGGGUGCCAUUGAGUGUAGAAUUUGGGAUACCACUUUUUAGUCCCAAGUUAUGUGAUAGUAUUUGUAAAAGAGUGGUCUCGUCUGAAUUACUUCAAUCAGAUCUACUGCAUAAGCAUCAUGAAGCCAUGCAAGGAUUGAGAAAGAGAUUACGUGAUGUUUGUGCGGAAUACCAAGCAACAGGUCCAGCUGCUAGACUUUUGUAUCAGAAGGAACAACCUAAAGAACUUUCCAAACAACUUAUGAACUAUGCUAGUGGAAGGUGGAAUCCACUAGUGGACCCUUCAUCUCCUAUUUCAGGAGCUGGGAAUGAACAUCAGAGACUUAAGCUUGCUAAUCGGCAUCGCUGUCGUACUGAAGUUUUGAGUUUUGAUGGUGCCAUUCUUAGAUCCUAUGCUCUAUCUCCCGUGUAUGAGGCUGCCACAAGGCCAAUUGAAGAAGCCCUUCCUGCUAAUUCGACAAAAGGUGAAUCAGAUGAAGCGGACAGCAAGGAAGUAGUACUCCCCGGUGUGAAUAUGAUUUUUGAUGGUACCGAGUUACAUCCUUUCGAUAUAGGUGCUUGCCAGCAGGCUCGUCAACCAAUUGCCUUAGUAGCAGAAGCAGCUGCAGCCUCAGCAGCAGCCGCAACUAAAUAGGCUUUGGGUAGAAGAAUAGACAAGGUAAUGCAAGUGAAGUGAAGCCUGACAAGUGAGAUCGUAUUCACUGUCUAUUUCUAUUCUGAUCUUUUUCAUAUGUUCAUCUUUGGGUGAGUAACCUGAAUGAAAGUUCAAGAUUAGCUUCGAGGUAAUGAUUAGUGUUUACUUUGUUGGCCUAUCGUACCCAUCACGAGCAUAUUGCCCUGGGAUGCAUAUAUAGUUACCACUGUUUGUUCGUAUCUCAUGAUAGCUUCUAAAUGCUGCCUGUUCAAAUUGUUUAUUUUUUUACCCAUAAUUUGAAGGUUUCUUUUUCCCCUUGGUGUAGUAUAGAUCUUGAACCGAUCAAAGCUAUCAUAUUAUGAUUGCUUGUUUUUUAAACGGACUUAUUUGUUUGUGAGAAUUUCCUCAAUGGCAGCAGCUUUGAAGAGUUCUGUUAAAGAGGUGGUUUAAUUUGAAGCUUUAACGAAUAACGACGGUUCUCAAUUAUUAUUAGUACUUUUUGUUUAACAAGUGGAGUGGUGGACUCGAACCUUUGACCUCUUGACUCAGAGCAUGUGGUUAGACCUGUUGAACUAUGUUCAUGUUGUGACUUCUUCAAUUUAGUAUCAAGAACUCUGCAUGAGUAGAAGAGAGAUUUCUCAUUGUAUUUUAGGCUAAGAACGUGUUCAUGACUUAUACUGUCAGUUAGAAAGGUGAAAAAGUAAUCUAAAUGAUUGCAGUGAAAAACAUGGAACAAGAAUCUUGUAUUGUUGAGCUAAGACAAUCAGUUUAAAAGGGGAGAACAAUUUUUUAUUACA